UUGAGGAAGUGGCGCCGGGCGGCGGGUCAGUCCCGCGUUUUGAUGUCUUCAGGGGGCGUCCGAGCCGCCGGCCCGCGCCCCGCCCCCGCCGGAGGCGCCGAGAAGCCCCCGCCAGUCUCCGAGCCGCCCCGGGUUUGCGGGCCGGGCCCGGGGCCCAGGACGACGGCCCCGGCGGCUGCGGGAGGCGCGGCCCGGGAGCGCCGGCAGAGGUAGCGCGGCAUCAGUAUGAGCUGGUCUCCUUCUCUGCCAACCCAGACAUGCGGAGCCUGGGAAAUGAAAGAACGACUCGGGACAGGGGGCUUUGGAAACGUCAUCCGAUGGCACAAUCAGGAAACAGGUGAGCAGAUCGCCAUCAAGCAAUGCCGGCAGGAGCUCAGCCCCCGGAACCGAGAGCGUUGGUGCCUGGAGAUUCAGAUCAUGAGGAGGCUGACACACCCCAAUGUGGUGGCCGCCCGGGAUGUCCCUGAGGGAAUGCAGAACUUGGCGCCCAAUGACUUGCCCCUGCUGGCCAUGGAGUAUUGCCAAGGAGGAGACCUCCGGAAGUACCUGAACCAGUUUGAGAACUGCUGUGGCCUGCGUGAAGGAGCCAUUCUCACCCUGCUCAGCGACAUCGCCUCGGCACUUAGAUACCUCCAUGAAAACAGAAUCAUCCAUCGGGAUCUCAAGCCAGAAAACAUCGUUCUGCAGCAAGGAGAGCAAAGAUUAAUACACAAAAUUAUUGACCUAGGAUAUGCCAAGGAACUGGAUCAGGGAAGUCUUUGUACUUCCUUUGUGGGGACCCUGCAGUACCUGGCCCCAGAACUGCUAGAGCAGCAGAAGUACACGGUGACUGUCGACUACUGGAGCUUUGGCACCUUGGCAUUCGAGUGCAUCACAGGCUUCCGGCCUUUCCUCCCCAACUGGCAGCCCGUGCAGUGGCAUUCGAAAGUCCGGCAGAAGAGUGAGAUGGACAUUGUUGUUAGCGAAGACUUGAAUGGAACAGUGAAAUUUUCGAGCUCUUUACCCUACCCCAAUAAUCUUAACAGUGUCCUGGCACAGCGACUGGAGAAGUGGCUGCAGCUGAUGCUCAUGUGGCACCCCCGACAGAGGGGCACAGACCCCACGUAUGGGCCCAAUGGCUGCUUUAAGGCCCUGGAUGACAUCUUAAACUUAAAGCUGGUUCACAUCUUAAACAUGGUCACAGGCACCAUUCACACCUAUCCAGUGACUGAGGACGAGAGUCUGCAGAGCUUAAAGGCCAGAAUCCAGCAAGACACAGGAAUCCCAGAGAAGGACCAGGAGCUGCUACAAGAAGCAGGUCUGGCAUUGAUCCCUGACAAACCUGCCACUCAGUGUACUUCAGAUGGAAAGCUAAAUGAGGGCCACACAUUGGACAUGGACCUUGUUUUUCUCUUUGACAACAGUAAAGUCACCUAUGAGACCCAGAUCUCCCCACGGCCUCAGCCUGAAAGUGUCAGCUGUAUUCUUCAGGAGCCCAAGAGGAACCUCCCUUUCUUCCAGCUGCGGAAGGUGUGGGGCCAGAUCUGGCACCGCAUCCAGACUCUGAAGGAGGAUUGUAACCGGCUGCAGCAGGGGCAGCGGGCUGCCAUGAUGAAUCUCCUCCGGAAUAACAGCUGCCUCUCCAAGAUGAAGAAUUCCAUGGCUUCCAUGUCCCAGCAACUGAAGGCCAAGUUGGAUUUCUUUAAGGCCAGCAUCCAGAUCGACCUGGAGAAGUAUAGUGAGCAGACCGAGUUUGGGAUCACGUCAGAUAAGCUGCUGCUGGCCUGGAGAGAAACGGAGCAUGCUGUGGAGCUCUGCGGGCGGGAGGACGAGGUGAGACGCCUGGUGGAGCGGAUGAUGGCCCUACAGACGGACAUCGUGGACUUGCAGAGGAGCCCCAUGGGCCGCAGGCAGGGCGGGACGCUGGAUGACCUGGAGGAGCAAGCGAGGGAACUGUACAGGAGACUGAGGGAAAAGCCAAGAGAUCAGCGAACCGAUGGCGACAGUCAGGAGAUGGUGCGGCUGCUCCUGCAGGCAAUCCAAGGCUUCGAGAAGAAAGUGCGAGUGAUUUACACACAGCUCAGUAAAACUGUGGUUUGCAAGCAGAAGGCUUUGGAGUUGUUGCCUAAGGUAGAAGAGGUGGUGAGUUUAAUGAACGAGGAUGAGAAGACUGUAGUUCGGCUUCAGGAGAAGAGGCAGAAGGAGCUCUGGAAUCUCCUGAAGAUCGCGUGUAGCAAGGUUCGUGGUCCUGUCAGUGGAAGCCCAGAUAGCAUGAAUGCUUCUCGACUCAGUCAUCCCGGGCAGCUGACGUCUCAGCCUCCCACUGCCCCCAGCAGCUUACCAGAGUCAGCCAAGAAGAGUGAAGAGCUGGUGGCUGAAGCACACACUCUCUGUGCCCAGCUAGAAAGUGUCAUGCAGGGCGCCGUGGAGGAGCAGCGCCAGAGCCUCACGACUCUGGACUGGAGCUGGUUACAGACGGAGGAAGAAGAGCAGAGUAGCCUGGAGCAGGUCUCAUGACUGGGGGGCCCUGACCAUCUGACAUGGGGCCGCCUGGCCUAUGGCUCUCCCACAGUGGCUCCUAUAAUAAUGAAGUCCCAGCAGUCUCCGGCCUCAGACGGAGAUCUCACUUACCCGGCAGCUGUGAUGGUCACCCUGCCCUGAAGGUGUGGCCCUCAGUGGGCAGUGCCAGUGCCUUGUCUGCACACUGGAAGCCCUCCAUGGUGCCAGUCAUGUACAUUUAGGGAAACAAAGCCACAGCAGCUAUUUCCUCUGCUGUGAAAAAAGCACGCAAAGUACAGUUUGUUGCAGACCACUGGCCUCAAAUCUUUCCAGACAAAGUCUGAAUGGUACUUGGUGCCAGCCUGUCCUCUUCUGCCUUAUCCUGAUCCCCAGAGGCCCUGAUCCUCCUGUCCUCCCACCCUACAGCUAGUGUUUCAUUUGGAUUCAGCUUCUCUUAAACAGACUUUUAAAUCAUGGAGUUGGUCUGGCCCCAUCCUGUCUUCCUCUUUCAAUUUCACUGCUGCUAAAAUUUUAUUUUUACCUACUACUUUGGUGGUUGUCCUGCUUUUGGCAAAAUUGUAGUGAAUGUUGAGCUCUCCUCGCCUGUGGUUCUUUAAGCCACAGAAUGACUCACCAUAGCAGGAUGGAAGAGCAACUGUGUUCUUUUGAGUCCCAAAGAUGACCGGAGUGAGUUGUUGUAGAGAAGGAAGGAAGAAAAGGGUAUCUGUCGACUACUGGCCUGCCGGCCACUGUGCCCAUAUGCCCCCAUCCUUGCUCAGACACAUCUGUGUAUGUGGUGAGGGGAUGGCGUGUUCCUGCCUCUCACAUCAUC